UGUAAGUCAAGGAGAACAAAAGGGGAUGUUCUGUCCAGCACAUUUAAUAAAGUUUAACAUUCUUUUCACAUCCCAAGUAUGAAAAGCUUUUUAACAGUUGGAUUAAUGCUUUUUCUAAGUGCUGAAUAUUACUUCUGUGCUUCUAAAAAGUAUGAAAACACGUCAAGUAGAGUAAUUGAACGCAGGAUGAUUGGAGGAAGGAAGGCAGAAAAAGGGGAAUUUCCAUUUUUGGUAGCAUUAUUUGAAAAGGAAACACAUAGGGGUGCUUUUUCUUUAAUCACAACAAGGACGAUAAUAGGAGCAGCGCACAUUGUACACGAAAACCCACUCAAAGAUUAUUACGGAAGAAUAGGAGACGUUAACAAAAACGCAGGGAAAAAAGUGCUGUUUCGAAAAAGGAUUAUACACUCACGUUUUAAUCCAAAAAGGUUUAAUAAUGAUAUUGCACUUCUGAUUCUCGCACGCAGUAUUAACAAUAUAUCUCCGAUUGCUUUAGUUGGAAAAAACGUAAGAUUUACUAAAGGUUCCGCCACGUUUGUUGGAUGGGGAGAUAUUGGUUUCAAUGAUGAAACAGACCUUCUUCAAGUAGCGAAAGUAAAGUUAGUAGAUCCAACAUACGUAGCAUGUGAAUUCAACUACGAAUUAACUUACAAAGAAAUUACAACACUGUCAUCUAGAGUAGUAGCCAUGGAAGGAGAUUCUGGCUCACCACUGAUCAAGAGAGAUGCAUCAAAAAGACCAGUGCUUAUUGGCAUUUUGUCUAACGGCGGAAAUUUUACUAAAGAACCAGAUAUUUACAUGUCAACCAGUGUAUACCAUGAUUUUAUAAAAACUCACAGUGUCGGACAUCUCACAUACCUACACGUAUAAAAUUAAAAUAU